GGCAGCAGAGGGCUGAUGUUAACUGGAGACUUGCCCUGCUCUCCCCCCUCCACCCCCCUGGCCCGGAUGCGGGUCCAUCACGGGACAACGUUGACUUCCGUAUUUCCAAAUACAAAAGCCCGGCAGCGGAGCCCCCCGCGUCCACACAGCUCCCCGGCUCCCCCCGCUGGCCGCCAGACAUGGGGCGGUUCGUGUGCCUGCUCGUAAUGGGGUUCGUUUCGGUCGCUUCGACGCAGUUUAUACCGCCGUACACCGAGGACUGUCGCGCGGACAUGUACCCCCCCAAAGGGCCAACGUUCAAAGGGGACGUCACGUGGUACACGAUAGACCUCGACUUGCCCCCCUACAGGAGAUGGACGGCUCUCAUUACAGACAAAAAAGCAGACCUCGUCAACAUGAUCCAGGCCAUCAAAGACCUCGCCAAUGCCUUUGUUCCAAGUGGGAAGCUAAUAGAGAUGGUUGACGUGACUUUGCCCAUGAUGGUGGACACUCUCCCAUACCCUUUCAGUGAUGAAAUAAAAGGAAUUGCUAAGGCCUCAGACGUGCCUCUUGGCGAGGUUGUCUUGUUCAACAUUUUCUAUGAGGUGUUCACAGUGUGCACCUCGGUCAUAGCCGAAGACCCAAAUGGUAAUCUUAUCCAUGGCAGAAAUAUGGAUUUUGGAUUGUUUUUGGGGUGGGACAUAAAGAACAGGUCGUGGAUCAUCUCUGAAAAGCUCAAGCCUCUCGUGGUCAACGUCGACUUCCGGAGAAAUAACAAGACUGUCUUCAAGGCCACCAAUUUUGCUGGAUAUGUUGGCAUGCUGACUGGCAUCAAGCCUCACACAUUCACUCUGACCAUGAAUGAACGCUUCAGCCUUGAUGGAGGCUACAUUGGAAUCCUGGAGUGGAUUUUGGGAACGCGAGAUGGGAUGUGGAUGAGCUUCCUCACUCGCUCCGUCCUGGAGAACGCUACCAGCUAUGAGGAAGCCAAAAAUCAUCUGGCCCAGAAGAAGUUGCUUGCCCCAGCUUACUUCAUCCUAGGAGGGAACCAGACAGGCCAGGGCUGUAUUAUUACCAGGUCCAGAUUGGUCAGUCUUGACAUUUUGGAGAUUGACCUGAAGCUUGGCCGCUGGUAUGUCCUGGAGACUAACUACGACCACUGGAAAGAGCCUUUUUUCCUAGACAACCGUAGGACCCCUGCCAUGAAGUGUAUGAACCAGACCACACAAAAGAACAUCACACCGAAGACGAUAUAUGAUAUGCUCUCAACCAAACCAGUCUUGAACAAGUUGACUACAUACACAACACUGAUGGAGGUGUCCAAGGGCAGACUCGAAUCAUACAUCCGUGACUGCCCCAACCCCUGCAUGCCUUGGUAAACCUGAGAACUGGACCUAGAUCAGUUCUUCACACGACUAUUUGCACAUGGUGGCUGAAGGUGAUGAGCUCGGCUGAACUCAGGACAAAGUGUGAACCUAAUUCCAAGUAUUUGCACAGCAACUGAUCAUUUGAAUCAAGAGUACGUCACAUGAGGUAGCUUUAAGAGAAUGUUUUCCAGACAAUGCAGAUAAUGUUGACUUUCUGGUGUAGUCACAAAUGACGGGAAAUAAUCACUCUGGUGUUUUGUUUGGUUAUUAAUUAUGUGCCAUGCGUUUUGAUUGUGUUAUUAUAGAGAGUUCAGCAGAGAAUCUAGUGGUUUUCAGUUUGUAAGUUUUUUUGGCACUAAAGUCAAGCUACUAACAAAUUCAUGACUGACCACUUUUCAGUUUUACAAAUGAUUUUGUCAAACAUUCUUAAACGAUUUGUAUUUCUGAUACCUAAUUUGUACAAAAUGGCAUACCUUUUAAAGGAGGUUAAUUGUUGUAGCGCUCCCAGGCUCUAUAGUACCCGGGUUAAAGGUAUAGCAUGUUGCACUGUGGGUACAAAUUUUGGGAAAUAAUUUUGUGACUAUUCAAUAUCAGUAACUUCAUAAAAUAGCUGAUAAACUUGUUCAAUAAAUACUGGUAGUUUCAAAAGUUCCAUUUUUAUUAUUUAAAACUUCAUACAGUUGUCAACAUUAAUUACAUGGAAAUCACUGGAGACUAACCGAUCAACAAAGCAAGUGUAUAUAAAGAUGAUGGAUUAGGAAAAGGUAAAAGCAAGAGAAAUGAGUAACAGCAGCCAGUCAAAAGUUGCAUGGCUGUUCUAAUGGGUCAAGUGGAGAGAAUACAGAACUGUAUAAUAAGGCCAGGCCAAGAAAGAACACUUAAAAUCAUUUUGAACAGAACUCAAACAUUCAAACAGAACUCAAAACUGGAAAAAAGUGUUACUUCAGAUCUGAAGACUUAAACAGAAGCUUACAACUUUGCCAAUACUCAGCAGCAUAGACAUAUCCCCCUCCCAAAUUGGCUACAAAUAAUUCGUUCAAAAAUAAAAAUGAAGUGAUGUUUACAGAUUCAGCUUUAAAUCUUGUGUUUGUCACCACCAACCUGUGACGAACAACCCACUGCUCCUCGGUAUGCUUAGGAGAUGAAAACUAAACCAUUCUUCAAGACCAGGUUUGGGAUUCGAGUUUAGUGUUGCAACAAC